ACACACACACACACACACACACACACACACUGGCAGCAGCACUUAAGCACUACCGCUCAGUGCAAUGAUCAUUCUGUAGAUACAAUAGUAGCAUACGACCGCGCUUUUCCCCAAUAGAAAAGAAAGACGCUCUCACGUACUGUAUUUACAGAAACGUCUCCGAGGUGAUUCAGCAUCGCAACGCAGCAGACGUCAUUGACAGCCUUCACGGACACCAGCAUUUAUUUGUGUAAACGGGUCCCAGCGGUGGCAGUCUGUUAUUACCUAGAAUCGAGAGGGAAAAACAGCAGAAGCGCUUGAAAAGGAGGUGCAUUACCCAUGCGCGGUUAGCACUGUAAUACCAACAUGGACAAUUCACUGGCGGGAUUACCAACUGAACAUUGCUGACAUAUUAAAAAAAAUAAAUAAAGCAGGACCUAACCGCUGUGCACAGUUCUGCAAGCAGGAACAACCCGACUUUAAGGGACUUUUUAAUUCUGAUGGGUCACAGGCAUUAACCCGAUACAGGCAGGCAGCACCAGCAUGGAAACAGAUCGACAGAUACAUGCCUAAUUUGUUUAAUACUACAUGCAGAUGCAAUGUACAGGCUCUAAAGACAGCGAGGCGGCUCUCAUAGAUUAGUCUUCCAUGCCGCGUGUGCUUCUUUUCCAAAUAGCUCCACACGCACAAGAUCGACCCCACUAUCAGGAACAGACAUAUUAACGUGGUAUUAUGGAUCUAGCGGAUAGCAGAUGGGAGUUGCUCACAUCGACGCUUCUCUUUGUACAGCCACGUUAAGGACCCCGAGUCUUUAGACUUGCACACUACGGAAGCACUGCAGCUCUGUCCAGUUAAUGUCUCUGGCAGCAUCACCUGCUGCUUUAAUUGAACUUCAGUAGGCAGGUUACUGACAGAACCACAGCCCGGUGAAUUCCAGUGCUAACAAGGGCUGCACCGUGUCCUUCCUGUAAGUCAAACCGCCCAGCAGAAUAACAACAUAUAUAACGUGCUGGAAUAGAAAGGCUGGAAGAUGAAUCCAGCGCAGCAGGACCUAAGAAAGCAGGGACCACGUGUCUCCCCACCAGGGCGAUCGAAUAGAGUAGUGCCAGCCGCUGAACCCAGGGCAUCCCCCAUGCAGGGGCCCACUGCUCCACAUCAACUAAAGGAACCCAAACCCAUUGGGGCAGAGGGGCCAGAGAAAUCCAGACGACUCUCCCCAGCUGUGGCAACAGAGGGAGUCCCUGGAUCCCAGCAAGCAGAACCCUGCAGACCAGGUGCAACCCAAGUGAGGGGCUCUGGGGAACCAGAGCCAGAUAAAUCUAGCGGGUCAAAACCAGUGGCAUCCAGUGACCCAGUCCCCAAACCGCCAGGGCCUGUGCAGUCCAGUCGACCCCGGCCCACAGUACCUGGGGGACCUGGUUCUGUGGGAUCCAGCAGACCUCGGCCUGUGGGAUCAGGGGAUGCAACACUGCAGGGUCCUGGAGCUCCGAGGCUGGCUAAUUCAGGAGUUGCUCAGCCAUCCGCCCGGAGUCCGAAUCCUGGUGAACCAGCUGGGAAACCCUCAGUCCCUCCACCCAGCUCGGGGGGAUCACAGCCUGCAAGAGGGGCUCAGACAGUCCCUGAAGCCAAACCACCCAUGACACAGCCUGACAGAGCUCUCCCUUCCUCUGCUGAGUCUGCUGGGACAGGGUCUGGGAACUUGCAGCCCCAGAGAGCAGCAGGGGAGUUAAGGGAUCCGGACGAUGAGGACUUCAGGCUACACAUUGUCACAUGGAACGUGGGCUCGGCUGUCCCUCCUGAUGAUGUCACUUCCCUCUUGGGUCUUAAUGUGGGGGAUGGGAAAACAGACAUGUACAUCAUUGGGCUACAGGAAGUGAACUCCAUGAUCAAUAAACGCCUCAAAGAUGCAAUCUUUACUGACCAGUGGAGUGACCUGUGUAUGGAUACACUGAGUCCCUUCGGAUAUGUGCUUGUGACGUCACAGCGGAUGCAGGGCGUUUUCUUGCUGGUGUUUGCCAAGUACUACCACCUGCCCUUCCUGAGGGGUGUGCAGACAGAGAGCACUCGCACUGGCCUCGGGGGAUACUGGGGUAAUAAAGGAGGGGUCAGCGCCCGGAUGGCUAUUUUCGGUCACAUGGUCUGCUUCCUCAACUGCCACUUGUCGGCGCACAUGGAGAACUUGGAGCAGCGCAUGGAAGACUUCGAGAGCAUCCUGCAACAGCAGCAGUUUGAGGGACAGUCAGCCAACGGAGUGCUCGAUCACGAUGUUGUGUUUUGGUUCGGGGAUUUGAAUUUCCGGAUCGAAACGCUUGACAUGCACUUUGUGAAGUUAUCGAUCGACGGCAACAAACUCUCCACCCUGUGGGAGAAGGACCAGCUGAACAUGGCAAAGGAGUCCGAGACUGUCCUGGAGGGGUUUCAUGAGGGGCCGCUCAAAUUCCCCCCGACGUACAAAUUCGAUGUGGGGACCAACACCUACGACACCAGUGCUAAGAAGCGCAAGCCGGCGUGGACGGACAGGAUCCUCUGGAAGAUUAAACCCUUUGAGUCGGCCGUCCCUUCUCGGACUCCCCCGUUGAAGCGCAGCUCGGUGGCACAGCUGACCAGCGGGGUGACAGUGACACAGCACAGCUACCGCAGCCACAUGGAGUACCUGACUAGUGACCACAAGCCUGUCUCUGCCAUCUUCACACUCAGGUUCCCCUACAAGGUGGACCUCCCUCUGGUCCAGUUCUUUGUGGAGGAUGAAUGGACCAAGGUGUCGGAUGCCAUUGUGAAGUUCAGGAUGGCGGCCAGCUUCCCUCGCAGUUCCUGGGACUGGAUCGGCCUCUACAAGGUGGGGUUCAGACACCACAAGGACUAUGUGGGGUACGUGUGGGCCAAGCAGGAGGAUUCCGACAGUAUGAAGCAGCAGUGCCAGGUGGCAUUUGGCGAGGAAACUCUUCCUAAGGGGUCGGGCGAGUACAUCUUGGGUUAUUAUAGCAACAACAUGAGCACCAUCGUGGGCGUGACGGAGCCCUUCCAGAUCAUGCUGCCCAGCUCCCUUCCCAGCUCCAGCCCCUCUGACAGCUCUGACUACAGCUCGGAGGACGACAGCACCCUGGUCCUGCUCCGGCCCAAGUCCCGCAGCCCCAGCCCGGGCAAGGCCAAGCAGAGGGGCCGACGAAGCCGGAGCCGAAGCCCGGCGCUGCCCAAACUGCAGGCCCUCAACCUGCGGCCACACUCCAGGGAGAAAGGCAAAGACCGCAGCCCCUCCCCCCGCGUUGGACACCGAGCCAAGAGAGAACGACUCGUGUGUGAACCGGAUGAGUCCCCGAGCAGCUCCGCCCCACACCCACACACCUGCGCCAGCCCCGGCACACCAGGGAUAGAAGUCAGUGCCCCCGAAGCUCUGGGGGAAAAGAAACCCCAAGAAAAUGCUCUCUCUGGGGGGAAGACUUCAGGCGAGUCCAAGGCUGCAGGGUUGUGACAUGCUCACGGUCAUGUAGGAGAGAAAAUAGACGGUUUCCGGGCCCAGACGAGGCCAAAGAAUGAUUUUCAAAUGGCGGCUAACUGGAACGGACAGACUUUUCCGAUUUAUUUAUUUCUCCCCGUGAAGAUUUCCUGACGUCCAUCAUUUCUGAUCUUGAAUCGCUGAGAGCGAAAGUAUUUCUGUCUGCCUCACUCUCUGUCUCGCUCUGCCUCUUUCUCCCUCUUUCUGCCCUACCCUUACCCCUGUUCCUCUGCUACUCUCCUUUUCUCUGAAAUGCUAAUGUCCUGCUUUCUGCCAGUACCACACUGUUUUGUCACAGUUUUUAAGGAGCCUUCACACUUUUGACUCCUAUUAUAGCAGGUCUCCCUUUACAGAAUAUAUAUAAAACAGCAAAACCUUACCAGAAAAAAUGUAAAAGAUAACAAGCACACACCCUGUCUGGUACAGCUAUGGUACACCGCACACCAGUGGAGUACCAUUGUGUAUUCAUGCUGUUGUGAUCGUUGAUUAAAUGUUAUUGCCAGAGGUUCCAUUCUACUUAUGGCUCAUAUCGUUGUAGCUGUCUUUGUUCAACCAUUAGUCCUUAGUCAUUGAAGAUCAUAUUGGUAAAGAUCCUGCAAAUAGGGAGACCUAGCAAGCUAAUGUAUCUUUAAUAUACCCAUUACCCCUAUCCUCCUCCCUCUCCCCCUCCCCUGCUCUACUUUCUCUCUCUCUCUCUCACUCUCUCUCUCUCUCUCUCUCAGUAGGUAAUUGUAACCUGGGUAAUAAUGUGAGUAAACCCAAGUGCACCUUGCCCAGGACUAGGGUUGCCAGUAUUUUUCCAUAGUUCACAUCAGCAUUACAAUUGUGCAGGAAUUAAUUCAAUAAUUCUGUAAGAUCAGAAUGCGGUUCUAUCUGAUAUAUGAUAGAAUAUUCAGAAGUACAAAUUCCUCAGAGGAAACUUGAAUCACUUUCCAGGUGUGCAGCUGUUGUUUGGUGCUGGUUGAACAAAAGCAGCAUGGAACUGAUUCUGCAUUGCAGUAGCUCCGUACCUGUGAAAUGCAUUUAAAAAAUGGCAUGCAUUGGUUUGCAUAAGACAAUUGCGUAAUUUGAAAAAAGGGUAAAUGUUUAUUAAAAAGGGACGACUCUUGCAGUACAGUUGGCAAUCCUAACCCUGGUGUAGAGAUGCUGCUUUGCUGUCACUUCAUCCAGUUGAUAUCACUGUGGAGCUCUGGGCUCAUCUCUCUCCCCUUUCCCAAUACUCACUAUAUCUAAAUCUCUCAUCGAGGUCCAGACUGUUGAACUCAGUAGUGAACAUUCGUAUCGUGUGAAUGUGGGCAGAGCGUGGCUCGGGCCCCGACUCCCCACAGCCAGUGAGACAGCGAGCGCAGUGCUGCCAGGGACUCCUCCCUGAGACGUCAUGCUGUGCUCCUUUCUGUUUUUCCAUCUGUGUGAUUCCUGAUUAAAUUGAAUAAAUCUCUGUAUAAAGUGCGAAGAA